UCUUCUCCUCCAAGAAAUCUUUCGAUUGUUCUCACUGGCAAAAAGGAAAACCCCCAAGAAAUCCCUCACUCCCUCCUUUUGCUUCUCUCUGAAACAGAUCUCUCAGGCUAAACACUCUCUCUCAGACAACAACUCUCUCUCUCAGACAACAUGGGAGACAGUCAGUAUUCCUUCUCUCUCACCACUUUUAGUCCUUCAGGGAAGCUAGUGCAGAUUGAACACGCCUUGACGGCGGUCGGAUCUGGCCAAACCUCUCUUGGAAUUAAAGCUGCUAACGGUGUUGUUAUUGCGACUGAGAAGAAACUUCCUUCUAUCUUGGUGGAUGAAUCAUCCGUUCAAAAGAUUCAGUCUCUCACACCAAAUAUUGGGGUUGUUUACAGCGGUAUGGGUCCAGAUUUUCGAGUUUUGGUUCGAAAAAGUAGGAAGCAGGCUGAACAAUAUCAUAGAUUGUAUAAGGAACCAAUUCCUGUCACACAACUUGUACGGGAAAUUGCAGCCGUUAUGCAGGAGUUCACUCAGUCUGGUGGUGUAAGGCCUUUUGGGGUAUCUCUGCUGGUUGCUGGGUUUGAUGACAAUGGAGCGCAAUUGUAUCAGGUGGAUCCUUCCGGUUCAUAUUUCUCAUGGAAAGCUUCGGCAAUGGGGAAGAAUGUCUCAAAUGCAAAAACAUUCCUUGAGAAGAGGUAUACUGAUGAUAUGGAGCUUGAUGAUGCUGUGCAUACGGCUAUUUUGACACUGAAGGAGGGUUUUGAAGGACAAAUUUCGAGCAAAAACAUUGAGAUUGGAAUAAUCAGCACUGACAAAAAAUUCAGAGUACUAACCCCGGCCGAGAUAGAUGAUUAUUUAGCUGAAGUGGAGUAAGCUUGCUGCUUGCUAGUGCCAGCCGGCUAUGAAUGGAUUUUAUGAAUCAAACUUGUGUUCCAUUUAACAGGGGUGAUCAACUUGAUGUUAGAUUGAAUCUUGUUGCGAAUUGAUAGGAUUAAAUUUCCAACCUGUUUGAAUUGAAGCAGCAAAGCUGGUGAGCCGUUGGACUUUUUGUCCCCUCUCAGUAUAAUGCUGGUCUCAGACUGGCAAAUACCUUGUCAUCCAAAACUUCUCAUCAAGAAUGGCUUUUGACUGUUUAA